CAGAAGAGAAGAGAGAGAUAAGGAGAGAGAAAGGAAAUGGGAGAGAUGAGGGAAUCAAAUUCCAUAACAGACACACACUCUCCCUCGAGAAUUUCUUCAUAUAAUGAGUUUUCCUUCCUUAACCAGUGGCGGUUGUUGCACCGUCGGCUGGAAAUCCUCGAGCUUGUCCGUUCAGUUAGGGCUUCUUUCUAACGGUCAUAAUGAAUUUUUGGUUCCCCAUAAGCGGAAAUUCAGCUACAAUAAAUCCCCUCGAGCUUGCGCUUCAUCUUCAGCAUCAUCUUCUUCCGAUCCUCUCUUGGUGAAGGCUGCCAGAGGAUAUCCUGUAAGUCGUCCCCCAGCAUGGAUGAUGCGUCAGGCAGGAAGGUAUAUGGCUGUUUACAGAAAGCUUGCAGAGAAACACCCAUCCUUCAGACAGAGGUCAGAAACAACUGAUCUCAUUGUGGAAAUUUCUUUGCAGCCUUGGGAAGCUUUCCAUCCUGACGGGGUUAUUAUUUUCUCUGACAUACUUACUCCUCUACCUGCAUUUGGUGUCCCAUUUGACAUAGAAGAGGUGAGGGGCCCUGUCAUUCAGUCUCCACUUCGUUCUGAAGAGGGCUUGAAAGCACUGCAUCCCAUUGACUUGGAGAAACUUAGUUUCGUGGGAGAGUCCCUUCAGAUUUUGCGCCGAGAGGUUGGGGAGCGAGCUGCAGUUCUUGGUUUUGUGGGAGCACCUUGGACAAUUGCUACGUAUAUAGUAGAAGGGGGUACAACUCGCACGUAUACAACCAUAAAGAGCAUGUGCCAUACAGCACCACAUGUACUGAGGGCUCUUCUUUCUCAUUUGGCAAAGGCAAUAUCUGACUACAUUGUUUUCCAAGUGGAGUCAGGGGCUCAUUGUAUACAAAUAUUCGAUUCAUGGGGCGGACAGCUACCACCUGAUGUGUGGGAGCACUGGUCAAAGCCUUAUAUUAAAGAGAUUGUGAGCGUAGUAAGGAAAAAGUGCCCUGAAACACCACUGGUACUCUACAUCAAUGGAAAUGGUGGUCUUCUCGAGCGGAUGAAAGACACUGGAGUCGAUGUGAUUGGGCUGGAUUGGACAGUGGAUAUGGCAGAUGGAAGGAAGCGAUUAGGAAAUGGAAUCAGCAUACAGGGAAAUGUGGACCCAUGUUAUUUAUUUUCUCCUCUUCCUGCCCUGACUGAUGAAAUUCAAAGAGUUGUGAAGUGUGCUGGGCAAAGGGGUCACAUUCUCAACCUGGGCCAUGGUGUUCUUGUUGGGACACCAGAGGAAGCCGUUGCUCACUUCUUUAAUGUUGCAAGAAGCUUGAAGUUUGAUACAGUCGUUGAAGAUCAUGCAAUGGAAGAACCUAAAUUUGUAGUUUGAAGACGAUUUUGGUUAAGCACAACUCAGUGGUUUUCCUGUGUAAAUCGGCUGGUAGUUUUGAGUUCUAAUCUCACAGCAUGACUGCUUGGUCUCACUUUUAUCUUGCACAUUGUUGAGGGAUUAACUAAAGCAUGCCUGUGGGUGAGUCUAGUUUUGUUCAAAUGUAUCUGUAAUGAACAUAUGGGACGAAAAUCAAUAAUUUGCUUCUUGUUCAUUUA